CGUAGUUGCACUGUGGCGUUCGGCUAUGAAAAAAAGGCCUCCGAGUGGUAUAGGUAUUCUUACCCCUCCUCAGCCGUACUAUGCAGACGAGAGACUUACCAUCUACAAACGUUGAAUCUUGCCGUGUCUAUUUCCAGAGGAAUCAACUCUUAGCUUGCUCUUAUCCCCUAUUUUCCUGGAUAUCACGAUAUCUCACGCGUGUCCACUUAGUCCCUUCAUUUUGUCCGUAGUUCAUCAGUUUACCGGCAUAAAGCAUAUUCCACAUCGCCGCGACACCAGGCUCUGGCCGAUAUUCCACUCAUCUAUAGUUACAAGUAGGUUCCCGAGCGACAUUGUGGUCCUUGGGACCUCCCACAAUGGAAUCGAACGAAACAGGUUAUGAACCACGCCUUGGACUUAGGAGGGUCGCUCCCGUCAAAGGCGGGAUCGAUAACACUACACUUGACAUCAUCGCAAUCCACGGUCUCGAUACCGAGUCGCCACAAACAUGGACUUAUAAGAAAAAUGGGAGCCAGGCUGUAAACUGGCUAGAGGAUAGCGACAUGCUCCAGGCAGCAGUCCCGAACGCCAGGAUUUAUACAUACAAUUGGAACGCGAAAGUGUUCGAUGAUGCUCCCGUCCAAAGACUAUUGGGCCAUGCCGACACCCUCCUUGGUCUCGUGGCAGGGGAACAAGGCUCCAAUAGCCGGCCCAUCAUCUUCGUUGCCUCUUGCUUUGGUGGCCUAAUUCUAGCUGAGGCCAUGAACCGAGCGGGCCAAAAGGACAGCCCCUACCAGCACAUCCUCAUGAAUACGGCUGGAAUGGUGUUCCUGGCUACGCCAUUCCGCGGCAGCGACGCCGCAAAACCUGCUAACUGGUGUGUGGUUGUAGGCGGCAUAAUGGGGAAGCGGACAUCGGAGCAGUUGGCCGAAGAUCUUAACAAGAAAGAUAAGGAACUUCGCAAGCUGACGCAACUAUUUGCGGAACUCAUACAUCAUGAUACCAUCAAACUGCCAGUGCACUGCUUCUAUGAAACGUACAAGACAAAGAUCUUACGGAAAUGGUUCCCGUCGAAACUAGUAGCCAUACUACCUCCCAUUCUAAGCAAUAGGACAGAGCUACUACUAGUUACCGAAGACUCUGCGUGUCUAGAUGGUGUUCAGCGAUAUCCUCUUAAUGGAGACCAUUCGAUGAUGAAUAAGUUCGAUGGACCAGAAAGCGCGAAUUACCAACAGGUAAGGAAUGUUAUAAAGGAGAUUGCACACAACGCCUUUAAAACUACAGAGCACCAGAGAUCUACCCAAGGCCGGUACAUCUAUCAGGAAACUCUAGAGGAUAUGCGACAAGACGAACUGCAUAUAAGACUCCAAGUCGAUCGAAUUGUAUCUCAUCUCGAAUCUCAACGUCGUAUCGAGGAUAUCCAAGCAGUUGUCGGGAACAUCAGUGGUGGUCUUUGGAAAUAUGCUCGCACACGCUCAGAGAUCCCGAACGCCGAUGACCACGUCAGAUCCCCAUUAGUUCCUACAAACUCAACAUUUGAGGUCGACAUCCCGAAUCGAAUCGCGAGACUCUCGUAUCCCACCAGAUCUCCAGUUCUUCGUGCAACGGACGAUUCUUCGGAAUUAGCUAGAGACUUUGACGGCUUGAGAUGCAAGUGCAAGAUAGGCAGGUCUCUGAGAAUAUGGAACCGUGGCCUUCUAGGAUUCAAAGUCGAAACACAAGGAACUCGGCGUUGCCCAGUCCAUGGACAGAGAAGUUCGACAAGUUAUACAAUAGAAGCCAAACUAAGCCCGUGGAUAAACAAGACAAUGGAGCUCGCAUUAUUGCUCAAUAGUGGAAAGGGUUUUGCUGUUUGUCCAUCUUUCAAAUUUCGCGGAAUUGUGAAACGAUCCGAGAGUGCCAUAUUCCAACUAUUUGAUCAAUUUGUCGACAAAUGCCUCAUCACAGAGUUUCAGAAGGACUAUGACAGCAAGGUCAAGGAGGAAAAUUACAUAUAUAUCAUAGAUUUGAUCAAACAUACAAGCGUUGAGGCAAUCUGGGACGAAAAAGGGUCUACAAGAGCAAUGCCGAAGUUAGUACGGGGGAUAAAAGAGGCGAUUGAAUCUGGAAAAGCGAGCGGCGAUGAUUCGGACGAGAAUGGCAAUACUUUACUUACUGAGAUAUCCUAUGUGGCGACCCUAAUGCAAAAGCACUUUCGCUCUGUCGCUCCUCAGAUGCAUAACCUUCUUCAGUUAGCGCAGGCUUCCAAAAUAGAUCCAAUGGUGGCAGUGAGCCAGGCGACGAGGAAAUAUACCAUCCUCCAUAUGACAGACAAACCAGUGACGGCAAUGUCGUAUCUAUACUCUGCGGCAGUACAUCCAGCAGUGCACAGGGAAAGCUCGUAUACCAACGGGUAUAUGAGUGCCUUCCAGGCUUUAAAAUCAUACGAGGGUGCGUUUGAGUCGCUGGUAGAAUACGCACCAGGCUCUUAUCGAUGUAGAAAAUUAGAAAUUUUGCAGGCAGAUCCAGAGCUGGCAGAAGGGUUAAACUAUCCAAACCUCCAUCUGGCGAUCAUCCGCAGGUCAUUAUCCGCAUUGAAAAGCUACUUCAAUCGUGACUGGUCAGAGUUGUUGGACUGGAGAUACUUGGACCCAGUCGAACUUGCACUCGGCUGGACGGAAGGGCUUCAGUUUCUUGUAGACCAAGGAUGUCAUAUCGGAUGGGCGUUUGAAACUGCCUGCGAAAUGCAUGAUGUUGAAUCCGCCUCCAUUCUCCUGUCUUCAAGCAGCGACAUAUUCUCUGUUCAAUAUUCGCGGCGUAUCACGUCAACAACAGUUAACACUUUCGACCUCCUGGAAUUAGCUAUGCUGAGUGACGAUAUAUUUUGCCUUGUCGCCAAAGAAUUGUGGCAACGACGAGAUGAGUUAAGGCGUUUUUCAAUCGCUCAUUCGAACUUCAAACAACAACUGAUGGACAACUUCUUCGGGUCAUUAGAAUUGGACGAAAGCACUCAUGAUCGAUUAACCGAGAUACCUGAUUUGCCAGACCGGCUUAAAUGUUGGGACAUUGGUUCCCCACACUGUCCCAAAACCCUAAAUCAUUACAUCUUCAAUCUCAAAUUUCACAAGAUACUUCACGACGUUGGCUUCGUGGACAUGCAAGCACUCUGUAGGCAUGGUAUGACCCCGCUUGCUGAGUACUGUCUUAUCUUUGAAAGGGGUUAUUAUCCAGCAAAAGAAUGGUUUGAUUUGGCUGCGUGGUUUGCAAGAAAGGGUGCUGAUCCCGACUUUUCCCAUGAGAGCCAAGGAAAGCUUCGGUGGCCUCAUCUGCAGUUUUACGUGGCUUGGGCCACUGAUUAUACUCGCGAUGAAGAUAAUGAAAUAUACGGAAUCAAAAAGUCUACUCUGACAACAGAUACUUGUCGAUGCUCUUGUUCUUCAAAGGGUUGCAUCCCCCCCUUCCUGUUAUGGAGUUGCUCUCUCGCUGAACGGGGUAUGUAUCAUCGACAUUGUGAGUUGCGGAUACCGUUCCGUGAAAGGAAAUUAAAAUAUUGGAUGAAGCUAUGCGGCUUGAAAAGGCGUGACCAGGAGAAGUCCUAUAAAGAACUCUGUCGUCGCGAAUUGUUUGACUGCCUUGGUAUGCGACAUACAUGUUGCUGUGCGGCUUUGGAGGUUCAAACUGCCCAAGAGGAGGAUAAGCUGUUGUGGGAAGAUGCCUCAGCAAAGAAUGAACUCCUGUGGCUUGUAAGGGUAUAUGCGAUCACCAGGAAACUGUUACCAGAUGCCACUAUCGCGCAGUUUUGGGAAUUAUGGUGGAAGGUAGCCGACGAUGUUUUAUUACCCUUCUUACCAGAGGAAGCAUGCCGUGGUCCGUGGUGGAUGUGGUAUGAAGACUGGUUUGAUUGCUCAGAAGAAGAUUUAAAAGAAAUUAAAGAGCAAGUAGAAAAAAGAAGGCUCGACGACUGGCUGGCUUUGCGCGAGGAAGCUGGCUACGAAGGCUGGGAAGACAAUCAAGUAUUCAAAUUUCACUUCACAAGAUUCUGGCUUCUGGCUAAAGCUCAUCGUCAGAGACUUGCCUGUUGGAAGCGUCAUCGGCUGAUGAUCAAACCCAGAUUUAUUUUGACGAAAAGGGGGGGAAUGGCCGAUGUAUACAUGAGUUGCUAGGCGACGCGGUCCCAUAUAACAAAAAACCCGCCAAACCGCUGGUUCGAUUUAUCUACAGAAUGAACACUUAGAUGAAUAUUAGAACUUCGAACAAUCAAUCAACUAUUCAGCUUCAUAGCAAUUCUUGUUACAGAGAUGAAGAUGAUUUUG